AUGCAGCCCAUUCGCGUGUGGAUGCUUGUCUGCUUCCAACAGGUCGUCUUCCUCCUGGAAGAACUGGGGGUCCCGUAUGAGCUCAAAGUAAUACCCCCCACCGCAUUGAAGUCGCCGCCUUUUACCGACCUAAAUCCCAAUGGUCGUGUCCCUGAAAGUAUUCCGCCGCUUGGAAGCGAUGGAGCUGACAUUAAGGUAGCCAUCGAGGAUCCCAAUCGGAACCUCGUCCUUUGGGAAUCCGGGGCCAUUCUUACCUAUCUGGCUCAGCAAUACGACAAGAGUUUCAAGGUGUCAUUUUCCGAAGGAAACGAGGUCCAGCAUGUGAACCAAUGGCUUCACUUCCAGACCAGUGGCCAAGGCCCUUACUAUGGUCAGGCGGCAUGGUUUAUGAUUCACCACCACGAGCGUCUUCCAUCUGCCGUUGAUCGCUACAUCAAUGAGAUAAAUCGUAUCUUAGGCGUAUUGGAGAGGUCACUUGAAGGCAAAGAGUGGCUCGUCGGUGACAAGAUGACGUUUGCCGACAUGGCUUUCGUACCUUAUCAUAGCAUAUUACACCCCUUUUUGGGUAUUCCGGAGGAGGAGCAUUUCAAGGACUUCCCCAAUGUGGGCGCUUGGCAUCGGCGAUUGACGUCGAGAGAUUCAUGGAAGAAGGUCAUGCAGCUGAAGGACACUCUUGAGAUCAACGUGUAG